CGAGCUUAGUGUGCGCAUGCGCGCAUAGUUGACAGGCUGGUCGGUGUUGUCCCAGCUGUGCGCUGCAGACUCCCGGAUCUGGAUCAGGAUCUGGGUAUCAGAGGCCGGCCCGGCUCAGCAGCUCACCUCCAGAGUCUUAAUCUGUCAUUUCAGAGGUGUGCUCAACAGGAACCAGACAACAACUAAAACAUUUGAGGUCAAAGUGGGGAUGUGUGCUGCCGUGUAUGUCCUGUCAACAGUAACGGGCUACGUCCUCACCUCUGCCCUGCUGCUAAAAUGUCCAACACUUUUACACCGAAAGAAGCGAGAGACGUUCCUCUGCAAGCACAUUUCCCACCGUGGAGGAGCAGGAGAAAACCUAGAAAACACCAUGGCAGCUUUCAGACAUGCUGUGAACGUUGGCACAGACAUGUUGGAGUUGGACUGUCACCUGACAAGAGACGAGCAGGUUGUGGUUUCCCAUGAUGCCAAUUUACGGAGGGUCUGUGGCGUCAACGCUGAAAUCGCCAACAUGGCCUACGCUGAACUUCCUCCGUACCUCUGCAAGCUGGGUGUAACUUUUCAAAAGGAGUGUAUCUGCGAGGGCGGGGAGGACAAACGCAUCCCUCUCCUCAGGGACGUUUUUGAUGCUUUCCCCAACACUCCCGUCAACGUUGACAUCAAGGUCAACAACGACAAACUAAUUAAGAAGGUUUCUGAACUCAUCGUUAAAUACGACCGGCAGCAUCUGACUGUCUGGGGAAACUCCAGCAACCAGGUAGUCAAAAAGUGUUACAAAGAGAACCCUCAGAUUCCAGUGUUGUUCAGCUUUCCCAGAGUGCUGCAGCUGCUGGCCCUCUUCUACUCUGGCCUGCUGCCCUUUGUUCCCAUCAAGGAGCAGUUUCUGGAGAUCCCCAUGCCAUCCAUCAUUACUAAGUUAAAGGAUCCAAACGGUUUAACUAGAACUCAGCGAUUUACCAUCUGGUUAGCCGACACUUUGCUGAUGAGGAAAGCUCUUUUUCAGCAUUUAACCGCCCGGGGAAUACAGGUGUACAUUUGGGUGCUGAACGAUGAAGAGGACUUCCAGAGGGCCUUCGAUUUGGGCGCCACGGGAGUUAUGACAGAUUUUCCUACCAGGCUGAAAGACUUCAUGGACAGGAAUGGCAUUUCCAGGCUCCAGUGACCUGCCAAGUUCUGCCUCCCCUCACCUCUGCAGUGAUUAUCCUUCAGUCUGACUGACCUACAAACACGUCUCCUGCAUGCAUUCCAGCAGCCCUCCUCUGACAGUGGGCUUUAGUCACAUUAGAGCGCUGUCCCUAUUGAAGUCGCACACUUAAUGUGUUCCCAACUGCCCUCUUUCUUACAUGGUAAAACCCCUGAUUGAGGUAUUUGUUUUAUGGACAGUCUUUUUUUUUAAAGUUGGUUUGAUAUAUAUAUUUUUUUAGCUUAUUAAGUGUUCAAAUAGGCGAUUUAAAAUUGCACAUCAAAAAGUGAACAUAUUGACCUCCAAGCCUCUGUCAAGUUUAGCCAUUUUCAAAAAGAUUUUUUUUCCAAAAUAAAGUUGUUUAUUUAGAUUAAAGCAUACCUGGACGAGUGAAUGAGAAUGCUCUGGAAACCUCAACAGUACUAUAAGCAAUAAAGAAAUUCUGCCAACAUUUUUGACCUUUACAAAACAGAGUUUAGUGAACACUUGGUGUAAUCUGGCAGAGGUUUGCCUGAAUGUAAACUCCAGACUAAACUUUAUAAAAGUUUUGGUACAAAGGACAUUUUUGACCAUGAAAUCCUAAAUCUUGAUGAAGCUCCAACAGGUCAUUUUAUUCACCUUAUUUUCUUUGUCUGAUUAUUUAUUUUUAUUUUAAAGUGCGAAACCACUUCUAAACUAAAUUUAUUGUAUUUUAAGGUUAAAAAAAAAUAACUUCAAAUAUAAAUUAUGUUUUUUGAUGCACAAAGUGUGACCGUUCACAAUUGAAUGACUUAAAAACUGCACAUGAAAAAUAAUUUGAAAAGAUCAGAUAUUAGUAUUUCUGUUUUUUUGCAAGAUGUAAAAAUACAUAUAUAUAUGUAAAACAUUACAUAUCUGUUCUGAAGUGUUUCUGAAGUUUAUUAGUUAUUGAAUCUAAAAAAUACAAACAUUUAAAAUAACAUUUUGGGUAAAUUGUCCAUCAGACAUCCAAAUGAGCAAAGUGAUUACAAUUUUAAAAAAAAAGUUUAUUGCUUUGAAGUUGUCUAUGGUCUUCUUUGGAUGGACAUAAAAAAGGAAACUAGAUUUCAAAAUAAAAGGACCAAAGAGCUGGAGUUCUCUGUUCUGCAGAUUCUGUGUUUGUGCUUUACACACAAAAAAGUAUUUUAAAUAUAUUUGAAGCCAUGCUGUUUUUAUUUUAAAGAAAAACAAAUUCUAACUAAAGUAUUUUCUGUACUACAUGCCAUAAAAGAUUAAAUUGACCUAUUUAUUUUCUGCUGUAUGAUUAGAGGGAGGUGGAGGAUGAGGAGGCCGGUUCAUCCUGCAUCAGCGUUGACAUGAAUUGUGACUUGAAUUAUUUUUAUACAGAUGAAUAAGGAUUCCACUGAGAGAAGGGUUUAGGAGUGACCUGUGAUGUCAUAACCACUGUUUGCUGUGUUUUCUGUUUCCGUUUGGCUGCUGCUGUGCAGAUUUUGUUUCUUACAUCAUCUUAUAUGCAUUUUUUUAUUACAGCAGAGAGAUGUUGCACAUCAUGUUACACCUCCCUUCAUUUGUUGUUCUUUCCAUCUUUUAUUUAAAUGUAUUUGCAGAUAUAGAUGUUUGUUCUGUGGUAUCUUUGUGGAGACUUGAAUGCUGAUGUUUGCUGUUGUAUCAUUAAGAAUAAAAGCUGAACAUGUGCAGGGCAUGAUGGGUAAUCGCACAAUCAAAACUUGUGACCACGAGGUCUGAUCUGAAUGUAGUUGCCUGAAUGUAUUGACUUCAGUUUUAUCAACUCCUCACUGCAUGUUUAAGGUUGUUUUCAGAUUUAAUUUACAGAAUCAUUCAUCUGCAGGUUUGUUAUUGCACAGUCAGUCAGAGCGACCUGCACCUGUAUUUAUAUAAUUUUGAUUUGCACAAAAAUAUCUGAAACCUUUUCAAAUCCAUUUGUAUUUUUAACUGCAGUUUCCACAUAAUUGACAGAAGGUGGCGCUGCAGAAUAAAUAAAAAUCUGAAUGUUUUGGUCUCAGAAAAAUGUUAUUCUCCAAGAUUUUUGCUUUUAUGUGUUUAUAACUGUCAAUAAAACGUUUGAUUUAGA